AUGGCGGCCCUUCGAUACAGUACUCGAUUCUUUCCCCAUGCGCCCUCUCUCCUCUGCAAUCCUACGGUUACAACCAUCGGGAGAUCCUUUGCUUCCCGACCAGCAGCAGUUUCUACUACUGGUAAAGACCCCGAAUAUUCUAGCGACGACUUAGCUGUGGCCCGAGAAUGGCUGGCCCGAUUCAAUUCCAAUCCCAUCCCACGCCAGAUUGGAGAAAUUUCCUUCAGUCGUUCAGGGGGACCUGGAGGCCAAAACGUGAAUAAGGUCAAUACAAAAGCUACACUGAAGAUGCCCCUCGAUUCUUUGCUACCCCUUGUGCCUCGCGUUCUGCAUUCCCCGCUCCGUGCAUCCCGCUACUUUGCCGCCCGAUCACAGAGUCUGGUCAUACAGUCGGAAGAGUCGCGGAAGCAGGCGACCAAUGUAGAUGCAUGCUACGAGAAGCUCCACCAGUUGCUGAAAACUACCGCAAAGGAGGUAAUUCCUGGUGAAACGUCGCCAGAGCAAAGAGACCGUGUGCAUAAAUUGAAAAAAGCCGAGAAUGAGGCGAGGAUUAGGGCUAAAAAACUGCACAGCAGCAAAAAGAGCCGUCGACGGAGUGGUAAUGACGACUAA